ACACGUUGCUUGAACCCUCCCACCACGUCCAAUGAAUCUCUCCCUUUAUAGCAUCAAUGCCUUCAUAGUCCUCGACACUGAAGGUCAUCGCGUCCUCGCAAAAUACUACAGGCCCAAAGGCCAUCCUCAGGGCGAAUCCAAAGAGCUACUCACUUUGAAGGACCAGAAGGCAUUCGAGAAGGGGCUCUGGCAAAAGACGAAGAAGGCUGGAGGAGACAUCAUCCUAUUCGAAUCCAAGCUCGCUGUGUACAAGCACUCCCUCGACCUCAUUAUUUACUUUAUUGCCGGGCCUACGGAGAACGAGCUCAUGCUUUCGGCAGCCCUGAAUUCGCUAAUCGACGCGCUGUCGCUCCUGCUGAGGAAUCAGCUUGAAAAGAGGGCCGUGCUGGAGAACUUGGAUAUGGUAUUGCUGUGUCUGGACGAGACAAUUGACGAUGGAAUCAUCAUGGAUACGGAUGCUGCUGCUAUUUCGUCGAGAGUCAGUCGGCCGCGUCCCGACACGACAGAUAUCGUCAUCAAUGAGCAAACGAUCAUGAAUGCGUACCAGACUGUGAAAGAUAAAAUGGCCCAACGGAUGGCGCAGUUCUAGAUUGGUAUGUCCACUUAUGCUUGAAUUCUCGAAAUUGACCCCGGGAUAGUCCUCUUCUCGUAGAUGUGUUGUUUAUUUCAUUGGCAUUAUGAUCUUUCACCCUGUCGGACAUCCGCUGAAUUUUUGUGUGUCCUGAAUGGCCUACAGCCAAAACUGGAAAUGUGGUACGCUGUACUAAGUCAACCGACUAUUGCACCACGCGUUUACCGCUCUGAAAUUCAAGGCUCUGCUUGGGGUGGUUACUCUGUAAACGUUACUUUCGGUGAUACGUCCAAUUUGCGAUGACUUGUUUUUGGAACCCGUGCGAAUACUGUUCACGGGAUAUGACAAUCGCAUUCUUGUGAUGUUGCCGGUCCGAAAACAUUUGC